CACUACUAUAUAACAAAUAAUUUGAGAACAUAAUGUCACUGUGGAAGUUGUUUGAAGGGGCCAGGUACUGUGGAGGUGUGUGUGAACACAGUCUCAAAAGAUACAAAAGAAUAAGAGACAACAGAGAUAAGUUGGUGGAACUGGGUUUUAUGACACUAGAUGAACCACUGGAAUGUUACCGGACUAAAGAAUGGGAGGAACAUACCUCAGCCUACUCACAGUAUGAAACAUUGCUGAAUCAGUAUGAAGAUGGGUUGAUAAAACUUGAGGAGGUUGUUAAUAUUGAUCCCAGAAACCCCGCUGAGAGGUACAGCUCAGACAGUGACAAAGACAGUCCUGUAGUCAAUAAGAAGAAGAAAUCUCCCAACAAAAAGAAGAAGUCCCAGAAAGGGAAACAUAAGAAUGGAAGAGUUGAGACUAAAAAGAUUAAAGUAGAACAACUGGAUUGUAUGGAAUGUGUAAGACAAGUUAAUCAGCCUGAAGAAGCUGAAGCUCCAGAAGUAGAGGAACUAGAGAUGUUCCUACACUCAGAACCUGAGUCUGUACCAGCAUUACAAGAUCUACUUGUCAACAAGAAUCUAGCUUCUCACCUUGGAGAAGGUCCUGUAGAUGUGUGUAAACUGAUUGCAGAAAACCCUGAGUUUACACAUGAAAUAUGUGAGGCUAACAUAGACUCUCUUAUGUCUGAUGAGGAGUUCUAUAAAAUUACUUGUGAGACUUAUCCUGGUGGCUGGGAGAAAUUCCUGGAGGACAUGGAGAAUGAAGAGUCCUCAGAUGAGGAUAUAGAUAGAAUUGAGCUGCCUCCUGACCUCUAUAAUGAACUUAUGUCAGACAAGACUAAUGAUGUACCUGACGAUGAUGAGGAACAGUAUAAGUUUGGUAGAAUAAACAAGGACCAGGCAGAUACUUGUCUUGAUCGAGCACUUGAGUUGUAUGAUAACCAUCACAACAUGACUCAGGACGAGUAUAACGAGAAAGUGAAGGAGGUGCUCAAAGAUAUGGAUAGAAUUACUGUUAUAGAUAAUGAUGGCGACCAUACCAAAGCGAGUACUAACAAAAGUAACAUCCUACAAAGCAAAGAAUAUGCCACAACAACACCUGAACCGAAUGACAACUUACCCUCUUGUAGCAGUACACACAACGAUACUGAACGUAGUGACAUGGUAACUCCAGAUAAAAGAAGCAGCAGUUAUCAUAAGAGUGAAACAGACAAUGUGAGAAUUGAUAACACAUCUGGUGUAACAACAGAGUCUAAUACCAGCUCCAGCUCUGUAACACAAACAAAGAAACUCCCCACCAUACUUAGUAACAGAGAAGUGUACGAGAAUAUUGACAAUAUUCCCCGUCCUUCUUAUUGGUUACCUGAGACAGAACCUGACCCUGAGAAGAAAGAAGAAGAGAUAGAUGAUUUUGAGUAUCUAGGAAUGUUGGAUGAUGGUUAUCUACUGAGCUUGUUUGACGAAGAUAAAGAAACAGAAGAGAUGUCAAACACUGCACAGACACACAUUAGUGUUCCAACAGAAAUGACUGCUGAGAGAGAUAACAUUCAGGAAGAAUUGUCCAAGACAGAACUUGAAGCAGGUGCAGGAAAAGCUUCUAAAAAUAGACGUAGUAAUCCUCCUAGAGUUGCUAAAGAGGGGGUUACAUACCGUGAUGAUAACGAUAAUCUGGAGGAGGUGUUACAGUCUGAAUAUUUUUGCUGGCAGUGUAAAGAUUAUGUGAGGGGAGAAUGUGAACUACAUGGUCCUUUACUCCCCUGUUUAGAAGAUAUCAGCCAACCUGGAACUAAGAAGACUGCAAACUUUCCAGUACCUUGUUGUAUCGAAAUCAAAGAAUCCACAAUUCCCAGGGCUGGAGAUGGAGCUUUUGCGUCUCAGUUUAUUGAACCAGGAAGUAUAUUGGGUAACUACAAGGGAAAAGUCAUAUCAGAAAAGGAGUACAAGAAGUUAGAGUCUUCAGAUAAAGAGAGUGGAUAUGCGUGGCGUGCUGUUAGCCAGGACGGUGAUGUUAUAUACCUAGAUGGGGCUAGUCACAGGGCUAGCAACUGGUUACGGUUUCUUAACUGUGCUCGGGGUCAAUGUGAAGAGAACGUUCUUGUUAGAAAUAUCCCAGGUGGAAUACAGUAUUAUUCGUAUAAACCUAUUGGGUUGGGAGAAGAAUUACUAGUUUUCUACGGAGAGGACUAUUUCGAAGAGUUAGGGUAUUCGUUGCAGACUGAUGUUGAAAAUGGUCAACAAUAUCAUUGCACUGCAACUGGUUGUCUUAAGCUGUUUAAGACACAACAAGAACUGGAGACACACACAUGUGGGAAGACUCUGAGAUUGUCAGGCAAAGAGAAACACCAGCCACCAGAUAAUAAUUUUAAGGCGUCCACGGACGCCUGGACGCCCUCAAUAGCCGCCUCUGACCACAGGCGAACACAUGAUGAUCGUGAGCUAGAAUCACAAUACGAGUGUAAGUACUGUGGAAAACUGUUUUUACAAUCACGUUAUCUGAAGAAACAUGCUCUGAUACACACUGGAGAGAGACCACACAAGUGUUUUGUGUGUGGUAAGGGCUUUACUGAUAAGGGUAAUUUAACUAGACACAUGAGGAUACACGCAGUUUGA